GGGGGGGGUCGUUUCAGCCGGUAGUGCCGGGACUUGACCCUUGGGCUGCCGGAGGAGGCUCUCCGGCCCCGUGGCGUUAUUGCGGCUUCGGCGGGUGGGGGCCCGUGCGCCUUACCCCUGCCCUGCGGGCCCUGCGUGACUGCGUGUGGGCGUUGAACUCGGCCAGCCGGACGCGGGGUGAAACCGGCCUGCGCGGCGCUGGCCAUGGAAUUCCCAUCAGAAGACAUUUUUUUAAUGACAGCUUCUCCAGUUAUAAAAGCUAUAACGAAUUUCAAACAGGUCUCCAAAACACUUGAGGAAUUUGAUGUAGAAGAGCAACCAAGUUCUUUAUUAGAAAAACGAUAUCCUAAUAUUAAAGUUAUACAGUCUGGAGUAAAGCAGUUGAAAAGUGAUGAUCAUAAAAUUUUCACUGAAGAUGGGAAAGAGUAUAUUUAUGAAAAACUCUGCCUGUGUGCUGGAGCAAAACCAAAAUUAAUUUUUGAAGGAAACCCAUAUGUAUUAGGAAUCCGGGAUACUGACAGUGCACAGGCUUUUCAGAAGAAUUUGGCUCAAGCUGAGAGAAUAGUAGUGGUAGGGAAUGGUGGGAUUGCACUUGAAUUAGUGUAUGAAAUCCAAGGCUGUGAAGUAAUCUGGGCUAUCAAGGAUAAAGCUAUUGGGAACACUUUUUUUGAUGCAGGAGCAGCUGAAUUUCUCAUUCCAAAGCUAACUGCUGAAAAACGAGAGACUCCAAUUGAAUGUAAAAGAACCAAGUAUACAAUGGAAGGAAGUGAGGAAAAAGAAAGAAGUUUAGCAGCAUCUGAUAAACUGGGCAGUGCUUUAGGCCCUGAUUGGCAUGAGGGCUUACAUCUUAAAGGGACUAAAGAGUUUUGUCAUAAAGUACAUAUUGAAAUACUAUGUGAAGUAAAGAAAAUACACUUACAGCAAGAAUUUAUACAACUGCAACGGACUUCUUUGACUUUUCCUAAGGAAGAGAAAAAUGUAGAACCAGAUGAGGUGCUGUGGCCUGUAUAUGUGGAAUUAACUAAUGGAAAAAUUUAUGGAUGCGAUUUCAUUGUCAGUGCAACUGGAGUUGUGCCAAAUGUUAAACCAUUUCUUCAUGGCAAUAAUUUUGCUGUAGGUGAAGAUGGAGGUCUUAAAGUAGAUAAACACAUGCACACAUCCCUGCCAGAUAUAUAUGCAGCUGGAGAUAUCUGCACGGCAUCGUGGCAACCUAGUCCAGUGUGGCAUCAGAUGAGACUGUGGACUCAAGCUAGGCAGAUGGGAUGGUAUGCAGCAAAAUGCAUGGCAGCAGAUACUUUAGGGGAAUCGAUUGAUAUGGAUUUCAGCUUUGAACUAUUUGCUCAUGUUACAAAAUUUUUCAAUUACAAGGUGGUGGUUUUGGGCAAAUACAAUGCUCAAGGCUUGGGCUUAGACCACGAACUGAUGCUGAGAUGUACCAAGGGACAAGAGUAUGUUAAAGUAGUGAUGCAGAAUGGCCGAAUGAUGGGAGCUGUGCUGAUUGGUGAAACAGACUUGGAAGAAACCUUUGAAAACUUAAUUUUAAAUCAAAUGGACCUUUCAGCCUAUGGUGAAGAUCUCCUGAAUCCAGAUAUUGAUAUAGAAGAUUAUUUUGACUGAACAAACCCCCAUUUCCAUUUUGUAUAAAGUUUUGACACUGACUUAAUGUGUCUUAAAAAACUGUUUCCUCAGGAUUACCAGAUGUGAGGGAUAAAUGCACUUCCUUAUUAAGAUUUUUGUGUUGAUCUUGUCAAAAUACUCACCAGCAACUUAAAUAUGUGUAGAAGUGCAGCAACAAAAGCAAGUGGAUUAGUGUUGGUAAAGAGUUUUCAUCUAGAUUAGAUGAACAUAUGAGAACAGUGCUAUAACAGUCUUAAGAAGUGGGCUCCACUGUGCUCUUAAAAUGGCACUGCAUUUGCCUGAGCGUGAGGUAGCCUUCACUUUUUCAAAAGUAAAUUAAACAUGUUAAAUCCUGUGCCUGCCUCAUAGCUCCCUUCUUCCCUAAACCAUGCAUCAUUUGCCUGCCAUGGUUACCACAGCCUGGUUUCCCCAUGGCUUAAUGCCAUCUCAACCAGUAAGCCACCCUUGUGAGCCAGGAUGCCUUGAUGGGAUGGUGCUGCCUUACCUGUGUAAAGCUACCUCCAGACUUGGGUGGUGUGAGUACUGGCUAGGGCAGGAAAGCCCCUGCUUCCUAAAAGCACUUGCUCAGGUGAACCUUUACAAGGCAGUCACGCAGUGUGUUACCCUCCUGCUGGCACCCCGCCACUGCUUGCACCUGUGAGUACUUGCCACAGGUUCAGGACUCCCAUUCCAGCUAAUGGGACCACCUUGGUGGAGCUGGCUGAGAUUGAAGCUGUCCUGUUAGGGCACAGGGUGCUUGGAGCUCUUGCUACUUGGAAUGUGGUCUGCAAAUAAUGGCAAGAUGGAUGUUUUAUUUCCUGCACUCCCAUAAGUUUUUUUCUGAAAUACAUUUAUUUUCUACUCUAAGUAUAGAACACAAAAGCUUUGAACAGUGAAAGCCAGGAUGAGAUGUACUUCUCCCAGAAAACCACUCCAAUUAUUUUUUUUUUAAGAGAACAUCUGUUCAAUUAAAUGAAUUAAUUCCACUUUGGGCAAAAGUUUCAGUUAAAUGACAGGUAAAAUACUAAGCUUUAGUCAUUGACAAGAUUCAAUCAGAAAAAUAAAGAUGAAGACCAUGUUUGUAA